GGUGGAGAGCCUUGAAGCCAGUCAUGAGGAAUUUCUGCUUGCCGGACAGCGGGAAGGCAGUGGAGGGAUUUGAGGAGAGGGCAGGUGCCGGACCCUGUCAGGUUCUCCCAGACCGAAGAACUUCAAGAAGGUCCAUUUUAUCAAGAGCAUGCGGCAGCACGACACCAGAAACGGCAGAAUAGUCCUUAUCAGUGGCAGAAGAUCCUUCUGUAGUAUAUUUUCAGUGCUGCCGUACCGAGACUGUACCCAAGUCGGGGACGUGAAACUGGACGGAGGGAGGCAGUCCACGGGAGCAGGGAGCUUAAGAGAGAUCAUUGGUUUGGAAGGUGUGGAACUAGGAGCCGUUGGGAAGACUGUGUCUUACACCCAGUUUCUGUUUCCCACCAAUGCCUUUGGAGCUCGGAGAAACACCAUAGACUCCACCUCUUCCUUCUCCCAGCUGCGCCACGCCAGCCACCGCAGCCUGUGCGUAGGCGUCCAGGGGAGCACCGACACAGGCAGUGACCUCGGGGACUUCCUUGACUAUGACCCGGAUCUUCUAGAUGACCCCCAGUGGCCUUGCGGGAAGCACAAGCGGGUUUUAAUAUUCCCGUCAUACAUGACCACGGUGAUCGACUACGUGAAGCCAUCCGACCUCAAGAAAGACAUGAACGAGACCUUCAAGGAGAAGUUUCCUCACAUCAAGCUAACCCUGAGCAAAAUAAGGAGCCUGAAGCGAGAGAUGCGGAAACUGGCCCAGGAGGAGUGCGGCUUCGAGGAGCCCACCGUCGCCAUGGCCUUCGUGUACUUCGAGAAACUGGCCCUCAAAGGGAAGCUGAACAAGCAGAACCGCAAGUUGUGCGCGGGAGCCUGCGUGCUGCUGGCGGCCAAGAUCGGGAGCGACCUCAAGAAGCACGAAGUCAAGCAUCUGAUCGACAAACUGGAAGAGAAGUUCCGGCUGAACCGGCGGGAGCUGAUCGCCUUCGAAUUCCCCGUCCUAGUGGCCUUGGAGUUUGCGCUUCACCUGCCCGAUUACGAGGUGCUCCCGCACUACAGACGUCUGAUCCACCACUCAUAGCCCGGGCUGCCCUUCCCGGGCCGGGGCCGGGGCCGGGGCCGGGAGGGGGACCCACGGCUGCUCCUGGAAACGCGGAAACAGACUCGCUUCCCGUUUCCACGAGAGCAUUGCCCUUGGCAGCCGACCUGGCGGGGCGGCCAGGAACUUUCAGCUGCAGGAACUGCCGGGCAGUUAGCCAUUCCAAGCGGGGAGACCAAGUCCGAUCUGGAGUGACCAAUGCAGCCCUCCUCGGCACCGUAAGAUCCAGGAUCGAUCGUGGCAUCCUCUCCCUGCUCGGAGAGAGGGCCCUUCUGAAGUAGGGGUCAAGCCGAGGAGAGCCAUCGUCAGGGGGGCCAAAGGGCAGGCCCUCGCUCUUGGGGAUCCUGGUUCCCCCGGGGGUGAGGCCAGUACGGGCGGAGGGAGGUGAUGGGAGGGACGGCCCAGAGCGGGAAGCCCCGCUCCAGCUCCCUACCGGGAACAGGAGGAUCUUUCUGGGAUUCUCCCUAGCCUAAGGACCACCCCGGGUAGCGACGGUCCAAGGGUUCCUGGGGAACCCUCUGGCAAUCCCCGGGAUGGCUGAGUCCCUUUUGGAAAAUGACCCCCCUCCCAGUCCCGCACCCAUAAACUCAGGAUCGUCCCCGGGCCGGGUGGUUGCCCUUAUGGCGGGUGGUCGGGCUGACGAGGUGGGAUUGGAGGGUGGGAUUCCCUGGCAUCUUUUCCUCGUUUCAAGGUCCACCUCAUGCAAAGUUUCCACUGGGCACUUUCCCCACUGGUGGGGAGCCAGUUCCGGGUGGCCCCUGAAGCGUCGUGAUUCCGUGCUCUAUGUUAGAGUGCGAAAGGAACUCUUUGAAGUGGGCGAUAGGUCAGUCAAAGGGUUGUUUUGCAGAAACAUCGGUAGGAAUGAGACUUCUACCCGGGGUUCCUGGGCAGAGACGAACGGCACCGAAAGGUCGAAGUUGAGUUUGGGAAAAGAGUAGCCCCGUCUUUCCCUAAGCGACCCGGGGUCUGAGGCCGUCUUGGAGCCCAAGGGGUCAGAAAAACUGGAACCAGGCCCUCUGACCCUGUCAGCAUCAAGAGCUGCAGGAACCAGUGGGGCUAGGGAAGGACAUUCGAAGGAGUUUAACGUCUACCUGAUGCAUGGUAUUCGGAAUGGACAUAGGUCCAAAGCCUCCUUCCUUGCUAAACCGGACACAUCCUCACCUAAUUUUGAAAGUCCAGAUACCGGGAUAGACAGUUAGGCUUGCCCAGUUUAGUCAGGGGUAGUGGGGGUAGGGGGUGCCAUUGUCUGGUUGACUGUCCCGUCCCCUCUGCCCCAGGAGUCCAGUUGCAGAUGUUCAGAUGAGCCUGAGGGUGGGCCAGACUGGUUUCCAGUGGAGGGUUGGAACUGGAUCCUAAGGCGCAGGACAGGGCUCGCUCUUACUUCCCAGUUUUACUGAGUCCUGUCCACAUCCUCUUCUCCCCACCCCUAACCCUCCUACCCUCUGGACUCAGGAACAGAGCAAGCAGAGUACUUGCUGCUUGCUCCACACAACCCGAGUCAAGUUCAGCCCUGCUCAAACUUCUAGCCGCCUCUCCGCCUGGUCUGUGGGUGGGGUGAACAGGGAAAGGCCUCAGAGGCCUGUGUCCGGCACGGAGACGUUCCCCUUUCCCAAGAUCGGACAGAUAGAGAAGAUGCCAGAGACGUGGAGCAGCCCCUACGAGAAACUGCCCCCUCCUCACCCCCCCAAACAUACACGCACACUGCAGUGGCUACUUUGGCGGGGGAGAAAAGGGCUUUCAGAAAGAGGCCUGAGGCUCCGUUUCUGCACCGGGGACCUGAUUUCAGUCUCUCAGUCAGAGCACCUGGUGUCACCUCCGCCCCAUCUCCCCACCCCGAUUGGGGCCCAGGUUAAAGGCAUUCUGGGAGAGGAGGGGAUGUGUUUGCCUUUGGGGGACAUUUUAUAUCGGUCACUGGUUGAAGAGCCGUUCUGCAUUUUCAACCCUCCAUUUUAUCCUGUGGGGCCGGGGCAGUGAAGUGCUCAGGCGCUUAGAGAAAGAAAAAGAUGGCAAGGUGCACCCUGUCCGGAGGGGCCGAGGGCAGGAGAGGAAGGGGCUGGCGGAGGCUGGCCGGGAUCUAGCCCGAGAGCCGCUUCCCCCUCCGCUGAGCCCAAGGGCUUGCGCCUUCCUGCCCCACCAUCUGACUUCCAAGAAGGUAGCAGCUCAAGGAAGAAGUUGUGGGGUUCACUUAGGAAGCUAACGAAGCCAUAUUGCUCAGCUGGUAGCCCUUGAGAGGGCUUGCCUGCCAGCUGCAGGCCGUCGGGCUGCUCCACACCACUCCCUGCGCUCCUGGAGGCAGGGGAGACCCCAAAGGAACUGGGCAACCUGUCACAUCCAUCUCUGCCCGAACCUCAGGAAUCGCAAGGCCCUUCACCCGGCCCGGACCCUGGGACCGAGCCAGAGACCGGACAGUUUCCUGCCUCUCCCCAUCCUGGUAAGACCUCGUGCUGCUGGGCACGAGCGAGGUGUCACGGUGACUUUUACGUCCUCUUCCUCUCCUCUGCAUCGUUCAUUUUGUACCUUAAGCUGUACUUGACUGAUCUUUGGGGGGUUUGAGGUGGUUUUCUCUCCCCACCUCAACCGGAAAUAAAAAAACUGUUUGAUGCUA